CCGCGGACGCGCGAUGCCCACGUGGAGCGCUCGGCGGCGGCCGGGCCGCACACUCGGACUGCUGCUGCUGGUCAUCUUGAGCUUCUUGGUGCUCCGCAGGUGGAGCUGGCGCGGCCUGGUCCCCACGUGGCUGAGACACCGGCACUCGGGGCUGCAGGCCAAAGGCCAGAACUUCAUGCUGGAGGACUCCACCUUCUGGAUCUUUGGGGGCUCCAUCCACUACUUCCGGGUGCCCCGCGAGUACUGGAGGGACCGCCUGCUGAAGCUGAGGGCCUGCGGCUUGAACACCCUGACCACCUACGUCCCGUGGAACCUCCACGAGCCAGAAAGAGGCAAGUUCGACUUCUCCGGGAACCUGGACCUGGAGGCCUUCGUCCUGCUGGCCGCGGAGGUCGGGCUGUGGGUGAUCCUGCGUCCGGGCCCCUACGUCUGCAGUGAGCUGGACCUCGGGGGCUUGCCCAGCUGGCUACUCCAGGACUCCGGCAUGAGGCUGAGGACAACCUACAAGGGCUUCACUGACGCAGUGGACCUUUAUUUUGACCACCUGAUGUCCAGGGUGGUGCCCCUCCAGUACAGGUACGGAGGACCUGUCAUUGCUGUGCAGGUGGAGAACGAGUAUGGCUCCUAUAACAGAGACCCUGCCUACAUGCCCUAUGUCAAGAGAGCCUUGGAGGACCGGGGUAUCGUGGAGCUGCUCUUGACCUCAGACAACAAGGACGGCCUGAGCAAGGGGGUCAUGGAUGGAGUGCUGGCCACCAUCAACCUGCAGUCACAGAGCGAGCUGCAGCUGCUGGUCACCUAUCUGCUAAGUGUCCAGAGCGUUCAGCCCAAGAUGGUAAUGGAGUACUGGACCGGCUGGUUUGACUCGUGGGGCGGCCCACACAACAUCCUGGACUCCUCAGAGGUUCUCAAGACGGUGUCUGCCAUCGUGGACGCCGGCUCUUCCAUCAACCUCUACAUGUUCCAUGGGGGCACCAACUUUGGCUUCAUGAACGGGGCGCUGCACUUCCAGGACUACAAGUCUGACGUCACCAGCUAUGACUAUGACGCGGUGCUGACGGAGGCUGGGGACUACACCGCCAAGUACGUCAAGCUCCGGGAAUUCUUCGGUUCUGUUUCAGGGGCCCCUCUGCCUCUCCCACCCGACCUUCUUCCCAAGACGGCAUACGAGGCAGUGAAGCCAGUUUUCUGCCUGUCCCUGUGGGAUGUGCUGCCCUACCUGGAGGAGCCAGUCAGCUCGGAAAAGCCAGUCAACAUGGAGAACCUCCCGAUAAACGAUGGGAACGGGCAGUCCUUCGGGUACACGCUGUACGAGACCACCAUCACCUCGUCUGGCAUACUCAGUGGUCUCGUGCGCGACCGGGGGCAGGUGUUUGUGAACACAGUCUCCGUAGGGUUCCUGGACUACAAGAGGAAGGAAGUCGCCAUCCCCUUGAUCCAGGGGUUCAUUUUGCUAAGGAUCUUGGUGGAGAAUUGCGGGCGAGUCAACUAUGGGGAUAACAUCAACGACCAGCGCAAAGGUUUAAUUGGGGACCUCUAUCUGAACGAUUCUCCCCUGAGAGGUUUCAAAAUCUACAGCCUGGAGAUGAAGAAGGGCUUCUUCAAGAGUUUCCUUGGAGACAAGUGGAACCCUGUCCCCGACGUGCCCACAUUCCCUGCUUUCUUCCUGGGUGUCCUGUCUGUCCCCCUCUCCCCCUAUGACACCUUCAUGAAGCUGGAGGGCUGGGAGAAGGGGGUUGUAUUCGUCAACGGGCAAAACCUCGGACGCUACUGGAACGUCGGGCCCCAGGAGACCCUCUACCUCCCCGGUGUCUGGUUGGCCGAAGGCAUCAACCAGGUCAUUGUCUUCGAGGAGAAGAUGGCGGGUCCAAUGAUACAGUUCACAGAAACGCCCCACCUAGGCCGGCGCCAGUACGUCGACUGAGCAGCUCCCGGCAAGGAACCAGCAGACCCUCCCUGCUGACCUGCCCGGUGCUGCCCCACCCACUGCCCGUCCAGAGUCCGGAGUGCUCCUCAGUCGUGGCGUCGGGGCCAGGACUCAGCUCUGCUUCUGCUGCAGUUCAGACCCUAACCCUGCAGACUGAAGGAGUGUAGGGGUGAGGAGGGACCCGUCUUCCCUGGAGUGCUUCUUGGCUGGGCUCUGUGCUGGCUCCUUCUGACUCCCCUUGACGGGCAGGCACGACUCCUGGAGGGUUUGCUCCUCUGAAUGUCCCCCGGACCAGCCACGACCCUGACCCUGGGGCCCCUGUUUCUGAGCUGGUGUGCGUGGCACUAUUUGUAGAGGAUGAGGGGCCCUGGAGUCGACCUGUUUCUCCUUCACAACCCUGCCCGAGCCUUCCCUGCGAUUCACAAGGAAGUCCGUGGGAUGGAUGCAGGCCACCUUUCACUUCUACUCCAAUGGCGCUGACAGAGUCAGGAAAAUGGGCACUUGUUUUCUGAGUGCGAGGAGCUCCAGUUUCACUCUGUGAGAAGCAGUAACAGCUGAGGAGGAAAGGUCGCCACUCUCAGAAGGUCCAGGAGGAUGGGGGCACCAGGCGUGGCUGUGGGGGCGUUGGCAGGAGUGUUGGGGUGUCAGGGGCCAGCGCUGGGCCCCAGGCGUUGGUCAGGAUUCCCAGGGCUUGGCGGGGAUCUGGCACUGUGUUACGG